UUCCAUCACUUAAAAUCUUAUCCUAACCCGAAAAAUAUUACGGAGUAAUAAAAUUAUUUUUUAAAAAUAAAAAAUAAAAAAAAUCCUCUUUUUAGAGCCCAAAACUAAACUUGAAUACAAAUUCCUUGGGCCCAAUGGAACAUUAGCUAUUACAAAAGUCUAAAUCCAUAUGAGAUCUCCAUCACUGUAUAAAAAACACGAGAAUAAAACACACUUUUGUUCUCAACUUCAUCUGCUCUCAUUGCUAUCCAAUUUGUCUUCCUAAAACUGCCGACUUUCUGUUAUCGUUUCAAUGGGAAAGAAAAAAUCUGAUGAUGUCGGAACCACUUCGAAAGGUCAAUCCAAAGAGGGGAAGAAAGAGAAGUUUUCUGUUUCAGCCAUGCUUGCUAGCAUGGAUGAAAAGCCAGACAAAUCAAAAAAAGCAUCUGUGUCGAGUAAACCCAAGUCAAAAGCCCCUCCAAAAGUCUCAUCUUAUACUGAUGAUAUAGAUCUUCCUCCAUCAGAUGACGAUGAUGACUAUGACUCAGAAGAAGAGAAACAAAGCUCUUUGCUGCAGAAGCCAGAAUCCAAGUUGGUUGAAGCUUCUAUAACUGAUAAAGAGCUGAAGAAACGAGAGAAAAAAGAAAUGAUGGCUGUUCAAGCUGCUGAGCUGGCAAAAAGAGAGGCCUUGAAGGAUGAUCGUGAUGCAUUCACUGUUGUCAUUGGAAGCCGGGCUUCUGUCCUUGAGGGCGGAGAUGAUGCUGAUGCUAAUAUCAAAGAUAUUACAAUAGAGAACUUUUCAGUCUCAGCUCGAGGAAAAGAACUCCUAAAGAAUACAUCAAUAAAAAUUUCUCAUGGAAAGAGGUAUGGUUUGAUUGGACCAAAUGGGAUGGGGAAAUCUACCCUUUUGAAGCUUUUGGCGUGGAGAAAGGUUCCAGUACCUAAAAAUAUAGAUGUUUUACUGGUAGAACAAGAGAUAAUUGGUGAUGAUAGAUCAGCACUUGAAGCAGUUGUUUCAGCCAAUGAAGAAUUGGUGAGACUCAGGAAAGAGGCUGCAUCUUUGCAGAAUGUUUCUUCUGCAGAGGAUGGUGCUAAUGAUGAUGAUGGUGGGGAUGAUGCAGGAGAGAGACUUGCUGAAUUAUAUGAGCAGCUGAAUUUGUUGGAUGCAGAUGCUGCUGAGGCUCAGGCAUCUAAAAUUUUAGCUGGUUUAGGGUUCACAAAGGAUAUGCAAGAGCGUCCUACCAAGUCAUUCAGCGGAGGAUGGAGAAUGAGGAUCUCACUAGCUAGGGCACUAUUUAUGCAACCUACUCUUUUGUUGCUCGAUGAACCAACCAACCAUCUCGACCUUAGAGCAGUUCUUUGGUUAGAAGAGUAUUUAUGCCGGUGGAAAAAAACUCUCAUUGUUGUUUCCCAUGAUCGCGAUUUCCUCAACACUGUCUGUAAUGAGAUUAUACAUCUUCAUGAUAUGAAGCUUCAAUUAUACAGGGGUAAUUUCGAUGAUUUUGAGAGUGGAUAUGAACAGCGUCGAAAAGAGAUGAAUAAAAAGUAUGAAGUAUAUGAAAAGCAAUUGAAAGCCGCUAAAAGAUCAGGAAACCAGGCUCAGCAGCAGAAAGUGAAGGAGAGAGCAAAGUUUGCAGCAGCAAAAGAAGUAUCCAAGAAAAAAUCGAAAGGAAAAGUGGAUGAAGAUGAAGCAGUGCAAGAAGCCCCAAGCAAAUGGAGAGAUUACACAGUGGAGUUUCACUUCCCAGAACCCACCGAGCUCACUCCUCCACUCCUUCAGCUCAUUGAAGUCAGUUUUAGCUACCCUAAUCGACCUGAUUUCAGGCUUUCAGAUGUUGAUGUUGGUAUUGAUAUGGGUACCCGUGUUGCUAUUGUGGGGCCCAAUGGUGCUGGCAAAUCUACCCUGCUCAAUCUUUUGGCUGGUGAUUUGAGCCCAACUGAAGGCGAGGCCAGGAGGAGCCAGAAACUGAGGAUAGGAAGGUAUUCGCAGCACUUUGUUGAUCUUUUAACCAUGGAUGAAAACCCUGUUCAAUAUCUCCUCCGUUUACACCCCGAUCAAGAAGGGAUGAGCAAGCAAGAAGCUGUCCGUGCUAAGCUUGGGAAAUUCGGGCUUCCUAGUCAUAACCACCUUACCCCAAUUGCGAAAUUAUCGGGAGGCCAAAAAUCCCGGGUGGUUUUUACUUCCAUUUCAAUGUCAAAGCCCCAUAUACUGCUGUUAGAUGAACCCACAAAUCACUUGGAUAUGCAGAGUAUUGAUGCACUUGCAGAUGCACUAGAUGAGUUCACCGGGGGUGUUGUGUUGGUUAGUCAUGAUUCACGGCUGAUUUCACGUGUUUGUGAGGAUGAAGAGAAGAGUCAGAUCUGGAUCGUCGAUAAUGGGACAGUGAGAACGUUUCCUGGAACAUUUGAGGAGUAUAAGGAGGACCUCCAGAAGGAGAUCAAGGCUGAAGUUGAUGACUGAAGAAUGCUUCCUGUACAUUGUACUAUAUAUCCUGUUUAGCUCCUCAUUACACCCAAGUCAGAGGCUUCAAUAUGAUGAUCUAUAUGAAUAUUUUCUCUCAUAUCUGCUUCUAGUUUCAUUUGAAGCAGAUAAUUUUUCUUUUUUGGUUUUCCAUCUUUUGAUUUUCUUUGUUUACCUCUUUUCUACGGGAGUUACUCUUUUUUGAACGAGUGUGAUUGUAUAAGACACACGAUGUUACUGAAUAAUCAAUUGAACUUCUGGAGUUAUAUUUUUGUAAACGAGUUGAUUGUGUAAUUAGACGCACAAAACUAGUACUGUAUGACUGUAUCAUCAUUUCAACUUCUUAUUUGCUUUUAAA